CUGGAUGCGUGGUACCCUUAUUUGGAUCUACAGGAAUGUAGGCUCUAGCAGUUCUGCAGCUCUACCAGCCUUUUUCCUGACACUGGAACUGCUGCUCACAAAGUAGAAUCCUGCUGCUCUGUGGCAGGAAGGAUAGAGAAAGAACAUGGCCUGCAUUUUGAAGAGAAAGUCCAUUGUUGCUGUGAGUUUCAUUGCUGCAUUCCUCUGUCUGAUCAUUGUUCGUCUCACAAAUGAAGUAACUUUCCCUUUGAUCCUGAACUGCUUUGGACAAACCAGUGUCAAAUGGAUACCAUUUUCUAAUGGCCAAAGGCAGCCUCUGAGAACUCAUUAUGGAUAUAUAAAUGUGAAAACACAAGAGCCCCUACAACUUGACUGUGACUUCUGUGCCAUUGUUUCAAACUCAGGACAGAUGACUGGCCAGAAGCUGGGAGCUGAGAUAGACAAGUCCUCCUGCAUUUGGAGGAUGAACAAUGCUCCCACAAAGGGCUAUGAGGAGGAUGUUGGGAAGAGGACAACUGUAAGAGUUGUCUCUCACACAAGCGUGCCUCUCCUUCUCAAGAAUCCUGAGUACUUUUUCAAAGAAACCAACAACACUGUUUACGUGAUCUGGGGACCUUUCCGAAACAUGAGGAAGGAUGGAAAUGGCAUUGUGUACAACAUGCUGAAGAAAACUGUUGACAGCUACCCAACUGCCAAAAUCUAUGUGACAACAGAAAAGCGCAUGAGUUAUUGUGAUGCAGUAUUUAAGAAGGAGACAGGAAAAGACCGGGUCCAGUCAGGUUCAUAUCUCAGUACGGGUUGGUUUACCUUAAUUUUGGCUAUGGAUGCCUGCUAUGGAAUUCACGUCUAUGGGAUGAUAAAUGACACCUACUGCAAGUCAGAAGGCUUUCGUAAAGUUCCCUAUCACUAUUACGAGCCAGGAAGAGAUGAAUGCGAGGAAUAUUUUCUGCAUGAAAAUGCUCCAUAUGGAGGCCAUAGGUUUAUCACGGAAAAGAAAGUAUUUGCUAAAUGGGCCAAGAAACACACAAUAAUAUUUACACACCCCACUUGGACAGUGUCUUGAUACUGGUUUUCUUAACACUCCCUUAACA